AUGGAGCUCCGUCGCCAUGGAAACCAACCCAGCGACGCCCUCAGUAGGUGGCUUGGUCGCCACGACGAAGACCAGCGCGGCCUGCUGGCGCUGAACGUGCUGUUGCUAGGCGACAGGCAGAGUGGGAGGAGCUCCGUGGGGAACGCUCUGAUUGGCGGACACGAGUUCAGGACAGGCGCCGUUUCCAUGACGACCGAGUGCCGCCGCCUCAGCCGACGGUUCCCACGCUGUUUCAGGCGUCAGGGGGCGGAGUCUGACCUCCUGCUCAGCGUGGUGGACACGCCCCCUUGCGUGCCCCGCCCACACGCCGUGCACGAGCUCUGCCCUGAGGGCGUGCACGUGAUCGCCGUCGUUGUUCGAGUCGACCUGCCGCAAGAAAAUACACACCUGGUGCAGCACGCGGAGCUCCUCUUCGGUCCUUCGUGGCGUCAUCACGCCGUCGUCGUCUUCACGCAUUCUGACCGCCUGAAAGAGGCGGAGCUUCAGCCGGCCGCCUUCCUCAGCCAGGCUGCUGAUUGGCUGAAGGCUCUGGCGGAGGAGGCGGGGGGCGGAGUCUGGUUCCUGGACAACGGCUGUGAUUGGCCGUCGGUCAGAGGGCGUCCGCUGAGAGAACAGAUGAUCCGCCUCUCGGCCAAGAACCACCACCGAGCCGCGAGGGUCCGGACUGACGGGUCGGUCCUUUAA